UCGAAAGCUCUUCCCCCCAAACUCAAGCAGUAGCCAGAGCGAAGGCGAAUCAGCUGGGAUGAUUGCAUCAACAAUUUCGCGUCAAUUUCGGCGGGUUUUACGCCUCCCUUCGGCUCUCAGGACAUCUCCGGGGGCGGCGACGGGCCAGAUAAGACACCAUGGAUCCUAUUAUCCGGUUGACGAUACGAUGUUCGGGCUCUCGGAGGAGGAACAACAGCUCCGAAAGACUGUCUUCGACUUUGCACAGAAGGAACUCGCCCCCAAAGCAGGAGAAAUUGACAAGGAAAACACCUUCGUAGGGAUGAGGGAAUUUUGGAAGAAAAUGGGCCACCUCGGCUUGCUUGGUAUCACGGCAGACCCAGAUUAUGGUGGCUCAGGCAUGGGGUAUUUCGACCACUGCAUUGUCAUGGAGGAGCUGUCAAGGGCUGCGGGUGGGAUUGCGCUGUCGUACGGGGCCCAUUCCAACCUUUGUGUCAAUCAGAUCAAUCGCAAUGGCACUGUGGAGCAAAAGGAAAAGUAUUUGCCUAAGCUGUGUUCAGGAGAGCAUGUAGGAGCUCUGGCAAUGUCUGAACCAGGGUCAGGGAGUGACGUUGUGUCCAUGAAGCUUAAAGCCGAGAAGAAGGGUGAUUACUAUGUACUGAACGGCAACAAAUUCUGGAUCACCAAUGGACCUGAUGCCGACGUACUUGUGGUCUAUGCCAAAACCAACCCCACUGCCGCUAAAGCCCAGCAUGGCGUCACUGCAUUCCUGGUCGAGAAGGGCAUGGAGGGAUUUAGCACGGCCCAAAAGCUAGACAAGCUGGGCAUGCGAGGUUCCAACACGUGCGAGCUGAUAUUCGAAGACUGCAAGGUGCCCGAGAAAAACAUGCUUGGCAAGAAGGACGGCGGCAUCUACGUCCUGUUUUCCGGCCUUGACCUGGAGAGAUUAGUGCUUGCAGCUGGACCUGUAGGGUUGAUGCAGGCUGCGUGUGAUGUUGCCUUUGAGUACGUGCACGUUAGGAAGCAGUUCAACACGAGGAUCGGUGAAUUCCAACUGAUGCAGGGCAAAAUCGCAGACAUGUACUGUGAUCUGAAUGCCUGCCGCUCGUACCUCUAUGCAGUGGCCCGAGCAUGCGACAAAGGCCACUUCAGCAACAAGGACUGCGCUGGUGUCAUCCUCUACUGUGCAGAGAAGGCCACGCAGGUCUGCUUGCAAGCUAUUCAGUGUCUAGGUGGCAAUGGUUACAUCAACGACUAUGCAACCGGAAGACUUCUGAGGGAUGCAAAACUCUAUGAAAUUGGUGCGGGAACGAGCGAGGUGCGACGCCUCGUGAUUGGCCGUGCUCUCAACUUCGAGUACAAAUAGACUUGACUGACGCAGAGUUUUUUCUUUUUGCAGUGAAGAUGAAAGAAAUGGAAAAACAGAGAGGGCCAUUUGUAUUUAGAACAAUUAUUGUGAUAUUAAUAUUUUUGAACUUUUUAUUUCAUAAAUAUAUUUUUUUGUUUUAUGCAACACAAUUGUCUCAGCUGAUUGUCUUUGUACCUGAUUCCAGCCUCUCUAUAUAAAAAGUCAGACAGUCAAAAAAACAAAACUCAUUGGUUUUUGUUAUCGUGUAGGGUCCACAAUCUUUGAAAAAAAGGCAUUGUAGCAUGCACUGCAAGAUUAUUUUCCUUGUUCGAAUGAAUUUUGUUGUGCCAUAUAGAAAAGGAACAAAGUCAAUAUUCUAUUAACGAGCAGAACUACACAUAAUUUCUCCAGUUGUAAAAAGUAAUUGUUCAGUGCAUGGUAUCCUCUUUAAACUAUUGAACAGAUUAUCCAAGAUAAGAAAACCUUCCCUCUGAUUAGAAUCUUCAGUCAGAUGUUUCAAAUUUGUUUCCCAACCCAGACUCUUUACAAGAUAGUAUGAGUUCAAGACUUUUUGUGUAUGUUUUACUAAUUAGAACAUAAUUGGUAUUUAAGAGAUAAUAUUGGUGAAUUAUAUAUGCAGUGCAAAUAGUGGGGUAACUCUGCUGCAUUGUCUGGAGAAGGGCAAAGCUAUCAAGAUUGAUAUAUCAAAUAGAAUUCUGACAUUUUUAUGUAUAAUGGAAUUGGCCAUCUAUGGCACUUAAUUGUUUUGAUCAUAUAUUCAGUCAACUAGAGAAAAAUGUCAAUUUUCAAUUAUUCUCUGUGCAGCUUAAUCAAAUAUUGAUUUUUUAAGCAUUAUUAUUAUUAUGUAGAAUAGAAAAGGUAUGAAUGAGAAUUAACAUCUUCACAAUACAGGAGAUGUAUUUAACCAGUUUUGAAUAUAUUUCUGAUAAGGAUGUAUUCAAAACCGAUUCAAUUCAUCUCUUGUAUUGUGAAGAUACUCUUUACUCAUUCAUACCUUUUCUAAACAAGUCAACAUGAAUAUGGUUCAUUAUUAUUAUCAUUAUUACUGCAAAUUAGCCAAGGUUGUAUAUAUGUGAUUUGGUGCCAUCAAAGGAUUCAGAAGCCAACAGGUGAAGUUUACUAAUUAAUGGGUUGUAAGCUUCAUCUAUGGGUAGGAUUAUGUACACUAUAAAAAUUUGCCAAAUAAAAUAUUAUGGUAAAUUUUCCGUACGUUAGAAUCAUAACUAUGCCAGGUCAUAUAUAACAUUAAUAGACAUGGGGUCUGAGACUGUGGUUGAUAAAAUUCACUGAAUUUAUGGUGUAAAAUUACUGCUCACUGGGUUGUUAGCUAAUUUGAAGAGUGAAAUUGUUAGUAACUAAAGAAAAAAAAUUAUUUUGCUUAAAUUAAACAAAAUAAUAACGGUGAAUUCCUUGAAUUAUGUUUUCAUAUGAGAUUAUAUUCAUACCUAUUAUGUUUCAAUGUGUGGCAACUAACCAAUAUUAGCAAUAGUUGAUUUAGAAACAUUUGUAUGUAUUAUUCAUAUUUUUUACUCACAAACCUUGUUUCUAGCUAUUGUUGUAAAUCACUAUUGUAAAUAUUUUUCAGUUCAGGGUGUCUUUUUCAUACUGCAUACACUUUUUGAGAAUAAUUAGCUUUUUUAAGCAGUUUUAUUAACAACACAAUAUUCAGUGGAUGAGAAUCAUUAUUAUACAUAAUGUAUAUAAAUAAAACCUUUUAGACAUUCACAGCUUCCACUGUUCAGGGAUAAUAUAAUGAAUUGAUAGGUGCAUUUACACUGCCCAAUGUUUAGGAGAAACAAGUAUGGUUUUAUUUGAUAAUGUGGUUGCUUUGACAUUAUGAACUGUGGUCAUCUGUCAGAUAUUAAAUUUUGUUGUAUUCUAAUUUAAAUAUAAAUUUUAUGAACUACUAGUGUGAAUGUACAUUAAAUAAGUGAAGCAGUAAUUUACAGUGAUAUGACCAAAGGAUUGGAGAACGUGUCCUUUAUCAUGUUAGUAUGUGUUACUUUACACAAGAAAUAGUAGGGUUUGGUUCUGUUAUGUGUUCAUGUAGAAAUGUAGAGUCAAGGUGGUGAUAUUUACAAAUUACAUUAGUUUUGUAGUAAAAUAUGAAUGAA